AACUUCUCACCCCCUGCAAAAAAGCAGCCAAAUCCAACACGAAGUGGCACUUGUAAGAAUAUUAACUAGGCGGGAGAAAAGCCCACCCACUCAUUUCCCACGGGCCCCGGGGUGGAUGGGAAAGCUGAGAUCUUCCCCUUUUGUUUGUUUUUCUUCUCAUUCUACUGCAAUUAUUUCCAGCAUUUCUCUGUGUUUUGUGCAGAGAGCUAGCAUUAUAUUCCUCUUCUUGAAUUUCACAAAUGUAAGUGGGGUUAAGUUUGACCCUCCAAUCCAGCUCCCAGGUUCAAGAACGUCUCAGUCUGUUUCGAACUCCAGCACUGUACUCUACAUUCAUGAUUUUGGGGCCAGAGGAAAUGGGAUGAGUGAUGACACUAAGGUAUCACUGUGUUGUUAUUAUUUUUCCGUGCCACCUGUUCAAUUUAAGUUUGUUAUGAUUGUGUUCAGCUGUGAUUAAUGCUAAUUUGGAUAACCUUAAGGUGAUAAUGAGACACCCCUGAUUAUUUUGAGCUUUAUGUGUGUUCAUUGUUGCUUUCAUGAACAGUUGCUAUGCUGCUUAGAGCAUUUUUCUCUCUGCAGUACUUAACAGAGAAAACAAAGUAAAAAUGACCUUUUUUUGGAUGCAACUCGGCUGUUUUCCUGGUCGCUUUAUCUCAAUAAUAGUUCAUGCUAUAACUUCGUUUUCUUUUGAGGUGCAUUUUCAGCUCUACAAAUGGGGAUAUCCAAGUUCUCAUCUUCUGGGUCAAGGUCUCAAUCCUGAUUUUGGAAAUGUGAAAAGUGAGUGGUUAGUGCCCGGUAAAGAAAGAAAAAUUGUUACCACUUAUAAAUACUACUAGGCAUGACAAGGAUUAUGGAUGUGACUGUAAACAUGACUUUUUCAAUUUCUGUUCAUGCCUUUACUAAUUUCAUCAAGGAAAUUUUGCUGAUUCUGUUUGGUACCUGAACCUGAAAUCAAAACUUUUGGUAAUAGGAAGAGGACUUAUCUUUCCUUCAAUCUAUUAAAAUCAAAAUUUUCUAAACCAGGCUCGUCAGUUCCUUUUAUCCUGUCUAAGUGACUUCCUCAGAGAUGUAAAAGGUUUGUAGUGUUUUAACUUCGCCUCGACAGAAGAAUAUUCGUGUCUACUAUGAUGAAACUCAUUGUGAUGUUGAUUUAUGUUCUGGAUUUGUUCAAUAAUUACUCUUUUUGGGCUAAGGCUUUUCAAAAGGCAUGGAAGAUAGCAUGUUCUUUGUCAUCUGAAGCAAAAAUUGUAGUCCCUGCUGGAAAAAAGUUUCUGGUUCGACCAAUUGAUUUUUCCGGGCCUUGCAGAUCAGGUUUGACUUUAUGGCACCCAGGGAUCCGGAUGUUUGGGACGGCUUGGAUCCUAAUAAGUGGCUUUACUUUCAUGGGGUGAAUUACCUCACAGUGGAAGGUGGAGGGACGGUUGAUGGGAGUGGCAAGGAAUGGUGGGCUCGAUCUUGCAAGAUUAAUCACACAAAUCCCUGUCGACGUGCUCCAAAGGCCAUAACAUUCCACAGAUGCAAGAAUUUGAUCGUGAGGAACAUUAUGUCAAUUAACAGUCAGCAGAUGCACAUGGCAUUUACUGGUUCUAAACAGAUUGUGGUAUCCUAUCUCAGAAUUUCUGCGCCUGCACAUAGCCCCAAUACAGAUGGAAUUCACAUUAGUGCAUCAAAGAAUGUUGAAGUUAAGGAUUGCAUUAUAAGAACAGGAGAUGACUGCAUAUCCAUUGUCAGCAAUUCUUCAAAAAUUCUUGUUGAAGGGAUUACCUGUGGACCCGGGCAUGGUAUAAGUAUUGGAAGCUUGGGGAAAUCAAAUUCGGGACCAGUGCAUGACGUCAAAGUUAAUGGAGCAAAUCUGACGAAUACUGAGAAUGGUGUAAGGAUCAAAACAUGGCAGGGAGGCAGUGGUUGCAAGGGGAUUACUUUUCAGAAUGUGUGGAUGGAAAAUGUUUCGAAUCCUAUCAUAAUAAAUCAAUACUACUGCGACUCUUUUGUGCCCUGUGCAAAUCAGACUUCUGCGGUCAGCAUCAACAAGAUAUCAUUUGUUGGUAUAAAAGGAACUUCAGCCACAGAGACAGCAGUAUCAUUUCAUGCAUGUAGCGACAGCUCUCCAUGUAGAAUGUUAUAUCUUGAAGAUGUCCAACUCACUUCAUACACUGGUGAAAUCACUACGUCAUUUUGCUGGCAAGCUUAUGGCUCGAGCUCAGGUCUUGUAUAUCCCCCUUCCUGCUUGUUAUCUUCCUGCAAUAAUCGCAUCAUUCAGCAGCAGGCUGAGUCUGGCUCAAUCCAGUCCAUCUGAAGAUAUUUACCAUUCUCCAAACGUAAAGUUUGGGGAUGGAGCCAGUAUUAGUAUGUUGGUUCACUUAAUGCCGCUUAAAGGAGUGCCAUUACAUGUCUUUUAGUACAAUAUAAUCAGAUGUCUAAAGCCGGAAGAAGAUGAAGUCAGUUUACAAAUGCCAAUAGGUUUUAGAAUUGCCUUCCAAAUGCGUGUAUUCUUUUCAUACAGAAAGACCCUUCAUUCAUCAAUGCACUAUACAUCGUAAAUGCAUUUUAUAGAAUUUUUGUAC